AUGGCCUGCUCAGACCGUGACUGGAUAUUUCUCAACACGACGUUCAAUGACCUGGAGAUUCAUUUUGACGACACAUUGCUACGACAAGCUAGGCUUUUCAAGACGCUGGCUGAGUAUGGAUCUUUGUCUCCAUGCUUGAGCACAUUCCCAAAUAGCGGCAAGCGAUCAGAUUGCGACCCAGCGCUCAUGUCAUAUUUUGAGAAUAUAAUUUGCAGCAGUUCCACACUAGUCGAUAAUGCGCAUUAUAACCCUUAUCGAUAUCUUAUACUGCCUAUGGCGCUGGAGUCUGAAGGUCUUUAUCAUGCGACACUCGCCAUUGCAGCCAACACCUUGCGCCUUUCUGAUUCGCGAUAUCGGCUACCCGCGCUGGAACACCAUCAUCGUGCAUUGAGUCAUCUCAGAGAGCUAUUGACCCAUGACACGUGGGGAGAGAAAGAGCUGGAUGAGAUGCUGGGACUUGUUCUGAUGCUCUGCUGGUUUGAUGUGAUUAUUCCAAACUCUGAAUUUUCUAAUCGCCAUACUAACGAGUCCCAGAUUUCGGAUAAUAGUCGGCCGUCAUGGGUAACCCACCUCAGUGGAUUCCAAGACUUGAUUCGUACACGACAAGAACGACCAGGCCGCUCUCUUCACAGCCAGGAACUAUCAGGUUUCUUCAACCGCUACUUUGCCUUUCAUCUUGUCCUUGCACGAACAGCGUUUCGAGUCGAUACCCCCAGUUACAAAUUACCAAUAUCACCGGACUCCCUGGUUGAAUCCCCUGACACCAUUGAUCCAUACAUGGGAUUCAGCCAAUCUCUCUUGCUACUCAUCAACCAGGUCACCGAGCUUGCCUGGAGUAAAGACGAUAAUCAGAGCGACAUAUCCCCCUCGACAGUGCAUCGACUAAAAAGAAACCUCGAAGAUAUCCAGCAAAGACUCCCAAAUGGUCAGAUUGAUCCGACAACCGAAUGUGCGUCGAUCGCAGAAGCGAACAGGCUUGGAGCACUUCUCCUCUUGCAUGAGACCUGUUCACCAAAGACAGCGUCUGCCAGCAAGUCUGGCCUUCCGGCAUUCGACCCAGAAGAGAAGAACCGAUUUGUGGACAAGAUAUUGAAUCUCAUUUUGGAAAAGAAGGCUAAUAUGAUGCGUACGGCGGUCUUGCCUUUGUGGCCCUUGUUCUUGGCCGGCUGUUGUGCCCGUGGGGACGAAGAAAGAGUGACUGUGCUGCGGCUUUUCGAGGAGCUAAACGGAAUUCGACGAUUCGGGAAUAUUGCACCCGCCAAGGAGGUGGUUGAAAUGGUGUGGCGACAGCGAGAUUUAUUGGCCGAAGACGAGGGCAAGCGACAGAGAGGCGAUUCUCAACCACGAAAGGACCCUCUUCGGGGUGCUCGGUUUGCCUGGGAGCAUGCAAUGGUGAUGCUGGGAGACUGGAAACUAAGCUUGACAUAA